UAUAGACUUCUUGGUUAUCCUGAACAACAGCAAGAUACGGCAGAUUUAGAACGUCAAAAAUCAGUAACUCAACAACCAAGUAUAGAGAAAACUGAAAAAAGUCCUUCGCCUUCUAUGGAAAGUUCUCAAUCCCAUACCUCCUCAAAUUAUUAUACUGACUUGAUAUCAUCAUCUCAAGAACCUAGCCCAGACGUAUUAAUGAACUCAUUCCCAAAUAAUCCUCUUGAUUCGAUAUUAGAUAUACCAGAAUUUAGUUAUAGUUAG